AUGAGUGAUGCCCAGGACCCUUCCUAUCUUCUUGUGAAGAUUCUAGAAGAUUUAGACUCAAAGCAAAAUUCUGCUUCUUACCAAGACCUCUGUAAAUCUUUAUGUUCCCGAUAUGAACUACCCGAACUUGCAAAGCUGCGCAGUCUCCUUUACUACACUGCCUGUCAAGAUCCCAGCUUUCCAGCAAGUCUCUUCCGAGACAAGAUGAGAAAUGCCGCAGAGAAUCAACAAUCCAAAAAAAUUAUAGCAGCUGCUGAUAUAGUCACAAUAUUUAAUUUGAUACAAAUGAAUGAUGGGACUGCCAAAGAAAAGUUGCCCAUCCAACAGCAGUCUCAGCAGAAAGAAGGAAUGGAGUCCGACACAGAUGUUUACAGUGGAAAAGAUAUAGCCCCACAUAAAGAAGCACAGAAACGAGAUACCAACCGGAGCUAUUCCAUCACCAGGUCCUCCAACUGCCACAAAGAAGAGUGUGAGGGACUUCAUACAUUUCUCCCUGAGCCAAAUUUCCUCUUAGGAGUUAAGCAAGACGGAAAUGAACGGGCAGCUUCCUUGGAAAGAUUGCAAGCUUUGGACUCAUACCCUAUGGUAACACCGCAAUCCUGUGAAAUGCAAAGCACCUACUUCCCCAGUCAGCCAUUAUCUGAGACAGAAUCACUGCCACCUACACCCAGUGAAGAGCCGUUCAGACUUCCAGCUUCCAGUGGACAGAGAAGAAAUGUUUUUAAGGAUGAUUUCCAUAAUGUAGUUAGAAUGUCACCUAAUGUAUCAUUGAAAAAGAAUGAAGGGAAAAUAAGUCCUAAGACAGUUUUUUUCAAUCACAGUUUUGAGAUGCCAUACAGCUCUCACUAUCUAAAUACAGCAUACUCCUCUUCAGAGGACUUUCGAAGGUCAAAGCACGAAAGCCUGGAUGAUCUUCAGGCUUCCACAUAUUUUGGUCCAACAACUGGUUCGGGAUUGCAAGAUCAAAAAAGGUUUAUUAAUAAGCCCAGACACCUUAUAGGAAAACCUGUAAAAAGCUGGAGCUUAAACACUGAAGAGGUACCAGAUUUUGAACGGUCAUUUUUUAAUAGAAAGGAAGAAGCUAUGUGCUACCCAAGCACUGGCUUAGCAACAGCAAAUUUUGUUUCUGUACCAGAGCGACAUCAUUCUUAUUUACCAGAUCUAGCAUUGAAAAAUAAUGGAAAGAAAUUUUGUGAGCCUCAAGAUGUUGAAAAACAAGAGGCCUUAAGGAGAUUCAGAGACAAGGGCACAAAAACUCCAUCCUGUCAAUUUAGUGUAGAGAAGACCGAAAGUGUUGGUACACAGACAGAACAAACCGAUGCAAAAAAAGGAAAGGAAUCAAACAUCCCAUCCAACUGCAGCCGCUAUAUAGAAGGCAGGGCUCGUAACCAGUCUGAAGCAGACUCUGAAAUCAUUAGUGAUGACAUUAGUGACAUAUUCAGAUUCCUAGAUGAUAUGAGUCUUUGUGGAUCAUCUGGCAUCCCUCAAUCCUCUUGCUACAAUAGUAGUGGUUCCUUAUCUCAAAUUCCUCGAGCAGACAACGAUAGUUCUCCAGAGCAUGCAUCAAGCAGGGCAAACAGUAAACCAACCAAGGGCCCUCGGGGUGAAACUUUGGAAGAAGAAGAACUAAAAAGUAGUGUCAGAAAGUUAGUCAGAAGAAUUGGAGAGAUUGAGAAAAAGUUAGAGUCACUUUCUGGUGUACGUGAUGAAGUAUCUCAAGUCUUGGCCAAGCUGAAUAAGCUAGAUGAGCGAAUACAGCCCCCAGAGAAAGCAAAGUUAGAAGUUGAAAGUCAACCUCAUAGUGAUGCCAUUUCCAGUGCAAGAACUUCACCAAGUCCAUUCCAAGAUCAAAAUACAUCCCACAAUGGGAAUGUGGACAAACCUGACUGCUGUUGUCCAGACAUUACAAAUGCUACCACUGAAAGUCUCAGAGUUAAAGCCAUGAAAAAAAACCUUUUCUCACAAAGGUCUGUCCGAUCAUUAACUGAAGAUAUUAAUACCAGUGAGUCUAAACCCGGAAACUCCCAGCAUGAAUCUAGACCUUGGGGAUUCCCUAAACAGCCUAGUGUAUCUGAGGAAGAAAAGAAGGAUAAAGGGGGAUCAAGUCGAGACUGGCAUCGCAAAUCAAAAGAGGUGGAUCUCAAGCAUGAAAUACCUCAUUUGCAUAGGAUGCCAAAACCAGCUAGAGAUUCGUAUAUGGUAGAACAAGUGUUCAGUCCUCAUCCUUAUCCGGCAUCUUUGAAGUCCCACAUGAAAAGCAAUCCCAUUUACACAGACAUGCGCCUAACAGACAUGGCAGAGCUUAAACGAACCCAACCGUCAUGGACUAUAGAAGAAUAUGCACACAAUUCAGGAGAAAAAGGGCGUCUGACAGCACUGGAUCUCCAGGCUCAGGAGUCUCUUAACCCAAAUAACUUGGAGUUUUGGAUGGAAGAUAUCUACACUCCGGGUUAUGACUCUCUGCUGAAGAGAAAGGAAGCAGAGUUCCGGCGAGCCAAGGUCUGCAAGAUGGCGGCACUCAUCACCGCAGCUGCCUGUACAGUAAUCCUAGUGAUUGUGGUACCUAUUUGCACCAUGAAGUCCUAA